AAAUCUUUUUUAUAUUAAACUCUGAUCAACCUGAGUGUGAUUUCUCUUUAGUUCUGCUCUCACUGAUGAGCUGCAGAACAAACCAGGUGAAGCUGAACCUGAGUCCAAACAGAUCUCAGUUUUUUAAAGAAAAGUCUGUGACUCUGAGCUGUGAGGAUGAAGACAGAUCUGCUGGAUGGACUCUGAGGGGAAACACCACCAGAGGAACCAGAACUCAGUGUGGAGAUGGAUGGGGAAGACCAUCUGGUUCCAGCUGCAUCAUGACCUACAUGGUUCCACAGGACAGUGGAGUUUACUGGUGUGAGUCCAUGGAGGCAGCAGCCAGUCAGAGCAUCAACCUCACUGUUUCUGGUGGAUCAGUGAUCCUGCAGAGUCCUGUCCUCCCUGUGAUGGAGGGAGAUCCCCUCACUCUGAGCUGUCAAUCAAACCCCGCCUCCCGCCUCCCAGCUGCUUUCUAUAAAGAUGGCUCCCUCAUCAGGACUGAGCCCGGAGGUCACAUGACCAUCCUCCAUGUUUCCAGGUCUGAUGAAGGCCUCUACAGGUGUAACAUCAGCAGUCAUGGAGAGUCUCCAUCCAGCUGGAUCUCUGUCACAGUUCUGCUCUCACUGAUGAGCUGCAGAACAAACCAGGUGAAGCUGAACCUGAGUCCCAACAGAUCUCAGUUUUUUAAAGAAAAGUCUGUUUCUCUGAGCUGUGAGGAUGAAGACAGAUCUGCUGGAUGGACUCUGAGGAGAAACACCACCAGAAGAACCAGAACUCAGUGUGGAGAUGGAUGGGGAAGACCAUCUGGUUCCAGCUGUAACAUCAGUGUGUUACGCCAGUGGGACAGUGGAGUUUACUGGUGUGAGUCCAUGGAGGCAGCAGCCAGUCAGAGCAUCAACCUCACUGUUUCUGGUGGAUCAGUGAUCCUGCAGAGUCCUGUCCUCCCUGUGAUGGAGGGAGAUCCCCUCACUCUGAGCUGUCAAUCAAAGCAGGACUCCCACCUCCCAGCUGCUUUCUAUAAAGAUGGCUCCCUCAUCAGGACUGAGCCCGGAGGUAACAUGACCAUCCUCCAUGUUUCCAGGUCUGAUGAAGGCCUCUACAGGUGUAACAUCAGCAGUCAUGGAGAGUCUCCAUCCAGCUGGAUCUCUGUCACAGAGAGCGAUCCAGCUGCAGUCUACUCGGCAGUGAAAGGAAGAGAAGACGUCACUUAUGGACAGAUGGUCUUCAAAGACGGUGGAGGCCGAUCAAAGAGCAGAGACAGAGAUCCAGCUGCAGUUUACUCAGCAGUGAGAACAGAAGAAACCAGCUAUGGACAAAUAGUCAUCAGACCAAACAGGAGCAGAGAGUUUCCACUGGAGCCUCAGGUCAUCUACUCAUCACUGAAGUAGUCCACCAGUCAAACCAGUGAGCUGCUGGCCUCUAACUGGUCCACACAGCCAGUCACAACACAGUACAUUCACUUUUAUGGAGAUUUUUAAAUGUUCUCACUCAAGUAGAUUCAUACAAAAGAGUGAAGAAGCUGC